AUGCGCAUUCAACAAGACUUCAUCAAGUCUAAGGAGUUGGAGGUUGAAGAGAUCCUGUCGGCGUCCUCUUCACACCUUACCGCUUUGGCGACUAAGACUGAAGACUACAUCAAAGGCCUUACCACCGAUCCUGAGCUCACCGUGUCUGAUGCGGCGAAGGAGCGAUUCCGGAAGAUUAAGGGUCUGUGUAUCGAGAAGGCCAAGUCGGAGGUGUCUAACGCCAGGGAUGAGAUCGUCAUCCAAGAGCUGGAGAGGCAGAGGGUAAAGGAAGCCGAGGAUUUGAAGAAGGUUGCUGCUGCCGAAGAGAUGGAACAGAUGGAGACGGAUCCGGCAAUCGACGAGCUGAUUCAGAAAGCUGUUAAGAAGUCCGCGGAGACGAUGCGCAGGGAGAUAACAGCAAGCGUCGAAGCGAAACUUACUGCGAAGUUCAAGAAGAACUUGUCGAUGGGACCACAGGAUCCCAAGCCGGCCCCCGCGUCUUCGAAGCCCAAGGCGGACCCGUCCAAGGACCAGAAAUCUUCUGGCGCCAAGGCAGAUGUACCGAAGGCUACGAGGAAGCGCGGGAAAGCCAAGAAGAAAGUGAAAUCUCAAGGCGACGGCGGAGGGAAGGAUCAACUGCACCGACGGAUCUCCCUUAGUCUCUUCUUCAAGGAUAAAGGGUCGUCGUCCUCAUCCCGUUUCCGUGUGAGGAAUCCCAACUGGCGACCCGAAGGGGACGUGGUCCCGGAGCAGGUCUUCAAGUCGGCGCAAGCCGAUUUAUCUUUCCUGUUGAAGACGGUUCGUCCUCGCCGUGGGCACAAUCUUUCGAAGAGUGCUCGGGAGGCGAUCCGUUCCCUGUCGCUGAACCGCAACAUCGUCAUCAAACCUGCUGAUAAGAACGUCGGCAUCACGGUGAUGGAUCGAAGCCACUACGUCGCGCUCUGCAUGGAACAUCUCAGUGACGCAGCUGUCUACCUUCCGAUUCGUCACGAUCCGACUCCGGAUGUUCUACGGCAGCUGAGGCUCGACGCAGUUAGUAGCUUUCUUAUGAGGGACCAGACGCAGCUCUCCUCCCCACUCAUGGCCCUGCUGGGUUGGGUCAUGAGAAACUCCUUUGUUGAGUUUGACGGCCGAGUUUAUCAACAGGUGCGAGGGACAGCGAUGGGAACUCCGGUCGCAGUUUGCUUCGCCAUACUCUUCAUGAGCCGCCUUGAUGAGCUGCUGAGGGAAAGGUGGACUGGGAUGUCACCAAGUUACCACGUCCGAUACAUAGACGAUGGCCUGAUUCUUUGGCCAGGUACGCGGGCAGAUUUAGAGGAGUACCUGCGCACCUUCAACGGCUUGGAUCCUAACAUCAGGAUCACGUGGAACAUCUCAGAUCACUCGGUAGACUUUCUGGACGUGGUUCUUUCUAAGGGGCCUCGUUUUCCUGAGUGUGGUAUCCUGGACUUCGGUACAUUCCAGAAGCCGAUGAAUAGCACAGGGAGGCCCUGGGCGUGCACACAGAGGGGGGAGGCCCUGGGGUCACACAGUGGCUUCUGGUUCUUCACCAUCGGGAAGCAGCGGCAAGGCAUCAAGCUGUCUGGGGGACCAUGGGGCUUCUGGCUCUUCACCAUCGGGCAGCGGCAGGGCAUCCAGCUGUCUGGGGGGCCGUGGUACGUUGUUGCCAAAGACACGGCCACUAACACAGUCUUUGUAUCCUGCGACUACCACUCACGCAGUUCUGUUAUCCGUUGCCCCAUUCGCCCUCUCCCCUCCCUUCCCCCCCUCACCAGGUACGUUGUUGCCAAAGACACGGCCACUAACACAGUCUUUGUAUCCUGCGACUACCACUCACGCAGUUCUGUUAUCCGUUGCCCCAUUCGCCCUCUCCCCUCCCUUCCCCCCCUCACCAGGUACGUUGUUGCCAAAGACACGGCCACUAACACAGUCUUUGUAUCCUGCGACUACCACUCACGCAGUUCUGUUAUCCGUUGCCCCAUUCGCCCUCUCCCCUCCCUUCCCCCCCUCACCAGGUACGUUGUUGCCAAAGACACGGCCACUAACACAGUCUUCGUAUCCCGCGACUACCACUCGCCAGCCAAGUCCCGGCGGCAGUUCUGGGUGGGCGGGUUCAGCUGGACGCAGGGAGGGGAAUGCAGCCCUCCUUUGAGUGAACGGUCAAAUCUGACGUGCAAGCUGGACGCAGGGAGGGGCGUGCGCCCCUCCUUUGAGCGACAGCCCAACCUCACUUGCAAGGUCCGCCACGGCCCCCAGUUCUACCCCUGCUCUGUACAGUUUGCUGAACUGCCAGCGUCCAUGCGUCCAGAUGGAAUGAACCUUCCGCCAGCAGAAACAGGAUCAGCAGUAGAGGAAGCAGCAGCAGUGGAGGCAGGAGCAGAAGUAGAGGCAGAAGCAGCAACAUUGGCAGAAGCAGAAGCAAAAGCAGCAGAAGCAGCAAGAGAAGGAGAGGCAGCAGCAGUGGCAGCGCUGGUGACCCUCUCCCAGGAGGAUCAGGGCCUGGCUGCCGGCCAGUUUGCCAGGCAGGUAGCAGCAGGAAGGGCAGCAGCAGGAGAAACCGCAGCGCUGGUGACCCUCUCCCAGGACGAUCAGGGCCUGGCUGCGGGCCAGUUUGCCGCCUUCUAUGAUGGCGUCACGUGCCUCGGGUCGGGCGUCAUCAUUGGCGUGCCGCCCGGGGACGACAGUGCGGGCGGCAUGAGUGGCGACAGCAGCAGCAGCACAGUGCAGGACCAGCAGAGACCUGAGCAGGGGCUAGGUUCUGAAGCAGAGGAGGGGCAGGAGAAGAGGAAGGGACCUGUGUCAGCUGCAGCGUGGGAGACGGCAAGGCGAGGGCUGGCAGGGGUGAGGAUUGACGAUCCAGUGGAGGAGGCUAUAGCGCGUAUGAAGGCUGACGACGCCACGCCAGACCCUGCCGCCCUGCUGCUGCAGCGGCCAGAGCUAGGGGAUGUUGCCCCGGGAAUGGGGGGAUUACUGGGUUUAGCCUCUUUUAGGGUUCGCGGGGAGGAGUGGGAGGGAGGUUUGGGGCUGGAAGGGAGGGGAGGAGAGGGGAGUGGGGGGGAGGGGAGAGCGGAGGGUGAUUCUUUUGGAGGUGGCUAUAACGAGGAUGGGAAUGUGAUUGAUUUGGAAGGGGUGCUGGAUGGAGGGGAGGAGGAGGAGGAGGAGGAGGAGGAGGAGGAGGAGGAGGAGGAGGAGGAGGAGGAGGAGGAGGAGGGGGAUGAGGGGGGGAUUGAUAUGGGUGAUUUACUAGCGGGGUUAGAAGGGGACGAGAGGGAGGAGGGUGGAGAAAGUGAGGAGGAGGGAGAAGGGGAGGAGGACGAGAGGGAGGAGGGGGAGGAAAGGGGAGAGGGAGGGGGGCGAGUGGGAGGAACUGAGUUGGCGUUGGGGGAGGAGGAGGGGGAGUGGGGCAAGGCGUUAGGAGACGAACUGGAAAGGGGAAGGACGAUGGAAAGAGAAACGGAAGAGGGGAGGCUAGAGGCACCAGGGGAGGAAAAUGGAGAGCUCGUGGUGGAGAAGGGUGAGAUAAGAGAGAGAAUCGGUGGUGAGCGAUGCAAAGCGGUGGAGGGAGGUGGAGCAGGAGGAGUAGAAGGAAGGGAAUAUCUAGAACAAGGAGCGAGAGGCAAUAGUUUUGAGGUGGAGGGAGGGACAUACUCAGCGGAGCAAGAGCAGCAGAGAGGAGGGAUUUCAGAAAGGGAGCAGAUACAGUCAGAAUUACUUCUGAGGCACCAUGAAAGUCCCCAGGGAGGGGCAUACUCAGCGGAGCAGCAGAGGGAUAGGGAUGUGCCUUUAGAAGGGGGGCAGAGACAGUCAGAAGAGAUGGUGACUUUGGAUAGAGAUGAUUCUCGUGGUGCUUUUACUGGCACUUUGGGGUGUGUCAAUCAUGAGGGUGACAAUAGGGAGAGUGACAAAGGGGAGAGUGGUCACGCCUUGGGUGGUGCUAACGGUCACUUGGAGGGUACCUUUCAGCAGCUUAACGAAUCAGAGAGGCGGCACUAUAACGAGGAUGAUGUGGAUAUGGAGGCAUUAGAGGAGCUGCUGCAGCUGUGUGCUGAUGAUGGUGAUGGUGAUGAUGAUGGUGAUGGUGAUGAUGGUGGUGAUGGUGAUGGCGAUGAUGAUAUCCCUCUUGCUAGCAACCACUCCUCUGCUCCUGUGAGCAACACUCCCCUCUCUCCUGAGAGCGAUCCCAUACAAGCAGCCUCGUUAGCAGCAGAGCGGUCGCUGGCAGCAGUGGCGGGGAUAGCAGCGGAGUGCUUGGAGCGGGAGCUGAGUCGGUUUGAGGUGAUCUGCCCGCCUAGCGGGGAGCAGCUGGUGGUGCUUUAUGUGACGUCUCUUGAAGCCGUCAGGAAGACGCAUGCUGACUGCGUGAAGAUGCGAGCAUUGCUCAAGUGUAUGGAAGAGGGGCGGGUCAGGGCGGGGGACGUGGCGGUGGUGCUGCAUGUGCCGUCGCUGGAGGCUGUGAGGAAGGCGCAUGCUGACCGUGUGAAGAUGCGGUCAUUACUCAAGAGCCUUCACCUGCGAUUCCAGGAGGGUGACGUGGCGCUACACCCAGCCUAUCAGGACGAGCUGCUGCUGCUAUUGAUUCACUUGCACCCUUACCCUCCCACCCCCUGCUUCCCCCACCCUUCCUCACUCGCUUCCAACCAAUCAGAGCCUUCAUUUGAGAUUUCAGGAGCGUGA